AUGGGCUUCUACUGCUCUCUGGUCUACUCCAUUCCCAAGAAUAUAUGCCUGCUGAAACCAGGAUUUACUUUAGCUGGAGGUCAUCACUUUAAUCAGGUUUCAAAAAUAAAGGCAAGAAUGCAAGAUCAACCGGAUAAGGUCAGAGUUCCACAUGUUCUCACCGUCGCCGGUUCCGAUUCCGGUGCUGGCGCUGGAAUUCAAGCGGACCUUAAAGCAUGCGCGGCCAGAGGAGUUUACUGUUCUACUGUUAUCACCGCUGUCACUGCGCAGAACACCGUCGGAGUUCAGGGUGUGAAUGUGGUGCCUGAGGAAUUUGUGGCAGAGCAGUUGAAGUCUGUGCUCUCAGACAUGCGACCUGAUGUUGUGAAAACAGGCAUGCUACCCUCAGCCGGCAUAGUCAACAUUCUUUGUCAGAGUCUUCAGGAGUUCCCAGUUCAAGCUUUGGUUGUGGAUCCUGUCAUGGUUUCUACGAGUGGUGAUGUAUUGGCUGGUUCCUCAGUUCUGGCAAGUUUUCGGGAUAAGCUACUUCCUAUGGCAGAUGUUGUAACCCCAAAUCUAAAAGAGGCAUCCGCUUUGCUUGGUGGUAUGCUGUUGGAAUCACUUGCAGACAUGCGUAGUGCUGCCAAAUCUAUACAUGAAUUUGGCCCAAGAUAUGUUCUUGUCAAAGGAGGUGAUCUCCCUGUAUCCUCAGAUGCUGUUGAUGUUUUAUAUGACGGCAAUGAUUUUUUUGAGUUCCGAGCUUCUAGGGUGAGAACUUCAAAUACCCAUGGAACUGGUUGCAGUUUGGCUUCAUCUAUUGCUGCUGAACUUGCAAAAGGUUUACCAGUGAUUUCUGCUGUAAAGGUAGCUAAACGCUUUAUUGAAUCAGCCUUGGAGUACAGUAAGGAUAUUCAUAUAGGAAAUGGACGUCAAGGUCCUUUUGACCACCUCUUGAAGCUGAAAAACAAUGCCCCUGGAUUGUGUGCAGCAUAUCCAUUUGAUCCAAGCUCGCUCUUUUUAUAUGCUGUUACAGACUGGAGAAUGAACCGCAAGUGGGGUCGUUCAAUUACUGAUGCUGUAAAAGCUGCUAUUGAAGGUGGUGCCACCAUAGUUCAGCUCAGGGAAAAGGAGGCAGAAACUGGAGACUUUCUGGAAUCAGCUAAAGCUUGUUUGGAAAUUUGUCGCCAAUAUGGUGUUCCAUUGCUGAUAAAUGACAGAGUAGAUGUGGCCCUUGCUUGUGACGCGGAUGGUGUGCAUGUUGGCCAAUCUGACAUGCCAGCUCAAACCGUACGUGCACUUCUUGGGCCAGACAAAAUCAUUGGCGUCUCAUGCAAAACACCAGAGCAAGCACAGCAAGCAUGGGCUGAUGGUGCUGAUUACAUCGGCAGUGGUGGCGUAUAUCCAACAAACACUAAAGAAAACAAUCGGACCAUUGGAUUAGAUGGGCUGAAAACAGUAUGUUCAGCUUCAAAGUUACCGGUGGUUGCAAUAGGUGGUAUUGGAAUCUCAAAUGCCCAUUCUGUAAUGGAGUUACAGGUUCCAAAUCUGAGAGGUGUGGCUGUUGUGUCUGCGCUGUUUGAUCGAGAAUCGAUAGUCACCGAAACACAAAAGUUGCAUAAGGUGCUUCUGGAAUCAGCCGUCAAAGUAAGAUGA